AUGGCGCCUCCUUUCAUGGUGUCGGCCCCCGGAAAGGCCAUCGUCUAUGGGGAACAUGCCGUCGUCCACGGCAAGUCCGCCAUGGCCGCCGCCAUCUCCAUGCGAUCCUACCUCCUCGUCACCACCCUCUCCAAGUCGCAGCGGACCAUCACCCUGAACUUUCGCGACACUGGCCUGAUCCACACCUGGGACAUCGACGCCCUCCCCUGGGAUCUCUUCCAUCGCCCCGAUAAGAAGAAAAAUUACUACGAUCUGGUCACCACCCUCGAUCCCGAGCUCCUCGACGCCGUCCAGCCCCAUGUCGACCCCGUUUCCCCCGAUGCCCCCGAAGACGCCCGCAAGAUCCACCGGCACUCCGCCGCCGCCUUCCUCUACCUCUUCCUCUCCUUGGGAUCGCCCCAGCACCCCGGCGCCGUCUACACCCUGCGAUCCACCAUCCCCAUCGGCGCCGGCCUCGGCAGCAGCGGCAGCGUCUGCGUUUGCCUCAGCGCCGCCCUCCUGCUCCAGAUCCGCACCCUGGCCGGGCCCCACCCCGACCAGCCCCCCGACGAGGCCGAAACCCAGAUCGAGCGCAUCAACCGCUGGGCCUUUGUCGGCGAGAUGUGCAUCCACGGGAACCCCAGCGGCGUCGACAACACCGUCUCCGCGGGGGGCAAGGCCGUCAUCUUCUGCCGCGGGGACUAUUCCAAACCCCCGAGUGUCAAACCCCUCCUCAACUUCCCCGAGCUGCCGCUGCUGCUGGUCGACACGCGGCAAUCCCGCUCCACCGCCGUCGAGGUCGCCAAGGUCGGUCGCCUGCGGGGGGAUCACCCCGCCGUCACCGAGUCCAUCCUCGACACCAUCGAUCAGGUCACGCUCUCGGCCCAGACCCUGAUCCAGCAGUCCUCAUCCGCCGGGCCCGACCGCAGCGUCCCCAGCGACGUGCUCGAGCGCCUCGGGACCCUGAUCCGCAUCAACCACGGCUGCCUCGUCUCCCUGGGCGUCUCCCACCCCCGCCUCGAACGCAUCCGGGAGCUGGUCGACUUCGCCGACAUCGGCUGGACCAAGCUGACCGGCGCUGGCGGCGGCGGCUGCGCCAUCACCGUCCUCCGCCCCGACGCCAGCCCGGCGGCCAUCCGCGACCUGGAGCAGAAAUUGGACGCCGAGGGGUUUACCCGCUACGAGACGACCCUGGGCGGCGACGGCGUCGGUGUCCUGUGGCCGGCCGUGCUCCGCAAUGGCACGGACGAGGAGGGCGGCGAAGAGAUCGACCAAGAGAAGUUCGAGAACGCCGAGGGAUCUGAGGGUAUCGACCGCCUCGUCGGCGUCGGAGCCCAGGAGAAGCGCGAGGGCUGGAAAUUCUGGAAGCGCGCCGCUGUCUAA